AUGAUGAUGAGAACGCGACGAAAGACGAGGGAGAACGACGACGACGACGAGGAGGAGGAGGAAGACUAUUGGUAUCGCGCGCUUAAAAAUAAUAACAACAAGAAUAACAACAACACGAGUAACGACGAUGCCAAUACGAAUAUCGCAACUGGGCGUCUGCAACUCGCUUCUCUCGGUUUACGAAAGAUUCCCGAGAGUUUGUCCUCCUCGUUCGUGUUAGGUGUUGGCAAAAUUCAGAUUUUAGACGUGAGCGGGAACGUGUUCCGAGACGCGGUGCGUUUUUUUUCGUCUCCAAACGAUGCAUCCAAAUAUCCGCAAAGCUACUCGCGACGUAACCACUCGCUGCUAUCGAACGUGCGCUGCUUGAAUGUGUCAAAAAACAAGCACUUGACCGGGAUUCUGGAUUUACAUUUGUUCAAAAAUCUAAAGUAUUUGGACGCGAGCGAAACGAGGAUAGGGAAGAGCGUGAGGAGAGGAGAGACGGUGUUGCCGAAAAGGUUAGAGCGCGUGAAGUUGGACGCGUGCGGGUGGCUAGGCGGGGGCGAACUAGAAGAAAAGGAGAUUCAAGAGAUUGAACGUGAGAAUUUGUUUGCGAAGAGGGCGACGGGAGGAGAAAAGGCGAUUCUUUUGCCCAAUUUAACGCACGUUUCUCUGGAGAAUAACGGGUUAGGCCCGGACGUGCCAGAUUUAACGACGACUGGUUUGUUUGCUAACGCACAGUGCUUAAAUUUGAAGAAUAACGCGAUUUCGUCGUUGUCCAAAGCCCAAGAAAGGAUGCGGUACAUGGAAAGAUUGGAGACGAUUGACCUCUCCUCGAACGAUAUUUCCGUCGUCGCCGAGUUUCGGUUCCUCGGCGACGAAUGUUUCUUUCCACGUCUCGAGCACGUUUGUGUGGCGGAUAAUCCGCUCGUGCUGCGGUCGCAGCAUUACGAGUACGAUCACGUCGCCGCGAUCGCAUUUGCUUUCGGAAAAAAUAGACGAUUACAAUCCGUCGAUGGUGCGCCGGUGUCUUCAGAAAGCAGAGAGAUUGCGUCCACGAUGUUAUUUCGCGACGAUUCAGGAUUAGCCAUGAACGCGUUGUACGAAAAUCUAUACUUAAACGCGAGCGACGAAAACGCGCGAUUUUUGGGUAACUAUUUACGCGACGUGUGCGCGCGAUUUGACGCGGAACGUUGGAGAAAGAAGGAUCGUAAAGGACACGCGGGAGGAGGAAGGGGAAACGGGGAUGGGAAUGGACUCUUUAGCGUUUCGACGUUUGUGCCUUCUGAAAAAGUAGACGCGAACGGAGAAGCCCCUUCUUUUCCAGCGCGAGAACGUCAAACGCAAAUACUCGAGGACGUUUCGACGAUGCCUUCUUCCAGUUGGCGCAAGAACAGUGAUGUACCGCUCGAAGUAGCUGCUGAAACGUUCUCAACACCUGCCGCGAACAGAACGUUAAAGUUCAACUCGCCGUCUCCCACGCACGCGUCGUCACCAACUGCGCUUCGCUCUUCGUUGAAGAAGCAAAGAGCAAAGUCGCCGGCUUCAACAGGGGCGUCUCCGGUUUCAGAAGCAAAGACAAAUUCGACGCAAGCGAGCAGUUACAAGACGGCGCGAUCGGAAGACUUAUCGAGCGACGACGACGAUUUCAGCGCCUACUAUCACCGAAGUCCUUUGGAUGAGGAUAAGGAAGAAGCACACCUAGGAAACGUAAACGACUCGCGCCGAAAGGUGCACAAAAACCAAAGGAGAGCGGCGAGAAAAUCGGUCUCGUUCAAAGUCAUGCUCGAAGACGACGACGUCCUGGAAGAUUUCUACUCGCCGUCGGCACAUUUUCGUUCCUCGUACGAUCCCGCCACGGACGAAUAUAGCAAUCCGCAGUCCUCCCCAUACUCCUCAUCCGUAUCCGAAUCUCCCGUCGCGGACGAACUCCUCGAGGCAAAACGCGAGAUGCAUCGCGCCGUGCAAAGAGCAAUGGAAGACGCCACGCCGGAAAGAUUGCGAUUCGCUCGCAUUAAAGUUCGAAAGCUCGUGGAAAUGAAGCAGAAAGCGAUGCGGUAUUUCAACGCAAACGCGGCGCCCUCAUCGCCCCCUCAUCCUCGGGAGUUCUGA